CACACGCGGCCACCGCCGUCGCCCCUGCCGCCUGUGUUUAUCGCCUCCUGAAGGCUCGCUGGCGUCAUCCUCUCGCUAAUGAAGAUGACCACCGUUAGAGAGACGCGCACGGGGCGGAUGGACGGCUGACAGAUUACAGAGGGGGCGCGAUUUAACCGGAGCGCGGACUCCGAGCGACGCACUUCGCCUCCGCAGUCCCCGCGGGCGAAGCCACGGACGGCAGCGAAGUGUCGGGGACUUCAUUGGCUUCGAGCGCAGGGGGGCCAGGAGUGGGUGGGUGUUUGGUGGGUGGGUGUUUGGUGGGUGGUAGUGGGAGACGCAGUUGUUAGUUUAGCGCGACGCGGGCCGAAGCGGGCGAUGAGAUUGCGUGGGUCUUCAGUGGCCAUCGCGGGCGUUGCAGAGCGCGCCGGCCUCGUUUAGCGUCGUCGUCGAGGUUGUGAAGAGGGGCGAGUGGCAGGGCGCAAGUACACAUUGGUCGAGGUUGUAGGACGACACCGGGGGGGGGGGGCUGUUGCGACGUGGGAUUGGCAGGCGGUAGACGAGUCGAGGUAUAUAGGAUUGAGUCGAGUCAGAACACAGCGAGCCGCGGACGCAGACGUUUCACGAGCCGCUCAGAUCAUCGGCGCUCACGACGACGUCGAGCCAGCAGGCGGGAGGGUGUGUGGGGGGGGGGUUGAGUCCAAGUACACGGGCACGUGUUCAGCUCGCUGUCGAAUUGUUUUCAACAGAGGCGUAGGGUUAGCGCGUAUCAUCAGUACACACACACACACACACUCUCACACAUAAUUAGAGCUAUCUUAUCAUCAUCAGCAGCAGCGGCAGCGUCGUCGUCAUUAUUUAUUUCCCUGCGCCCAUGGACGCCGUGCGAAGGGACCUGAUGAUGCUCAUGUCCGAACGAGCGCUCGGUGGACACAAGUCGCACUUGCGAUGCGAGCCUCCGCCGAGUCCGGACCAGGACAGCGCGGGCCACCGCACCCCGCCGCCACUGCACGCGCACGGCCUCGGCAUCGGUGGCGGCGGCGGCGGCGGGGGCGCUCGUCUCAGCCCGCGAGCUGCCUCCCUGCCGGGCCACCUCUUCUCGCGCGACGAGGCGACCGUCCACAGCGCAUUCCGUGCGGCUGUGCAGGCAGACCACGCCGCCAGCGGACUGUCCCUCGGUGGCGGCGGCGGCGGCGGUGGUGGUGGUGGUGGUGGGAGCGGCGGGGCUCUCCUGCAGCUUUUUCGGCGGCAGGCCGCGCUCCCCGGGCCGGCUUCGCUGUCGGGACCGGAGAGGUCCCUUCACGUCAUCCGCCAGCACGGGGGGGCAGCCGAAGCGCCCGCCAGAGGCGAGCCCUGCACCUCGGAGGAUGAGAUACUGGAGGAGGAGCUGGAGGUCAGCUGCUCCUCGCCCGAGUGUCCGGCGCCGGCACUGCGAGACUCGGCCAAUGCGCAUCAUCAUCAUCAGCAGCAGCAUCAGCAGCAGCAUCAGCAGCAACACAGCACAGUCGCGGCAGCUGCUACGGGAAAAGGGAGAAGCAGCGACAGUCCUGGCGGAAAGGAACACGAGAGCCGCUCCAAGUGCGCCCCCGGCUCUGGCGACGGCCCCCCAGACUCGCCGAGUCCCGGCGGUGGCAGCCACGGGCAGCUGGGGGGCGCCGGGGCCGGCGGGCUCCAGUCCAGCCAGGGCAGCGGCCCGGGUCCCGGCGCGGGCCCCCCGGGAGGGACCCUGGGCUCGGACGGGGUGCGGCGCUACCGCACGGCGUUCACGAGGGAGCAGAUCGGGCGCUUGGAGAAGGAGUUCUACCGCGAGAACUACGUCUCUCGGCCUCGCCGGUGCGAGCUGGCGGCGGCGCUCAACCUGCCCGAGACGACCAUCAAGGUCUGGUUCCAGAACCGGCGCAUGAAGGACAAGCGGCAGCGGCUGGCCAUGUCGUGGCCUCACCCGGCCGACCCGAGCUUCUACACCUACAUGAUGACGCACGCCGCGGCCGCGGCCGCCACGGGAGGGCUUCCUUACCCCUUCCCCCCGCACGUGCCCCUGCCCUACUACCCCCCCGUGGGCAUGGGGCCCGGGGCGGCGGCCGCCAGCCCCUUCCCGGCGGCCGCCCUGCGACCCCUCGACUCGUUCCGCGCUGCCCUGCACCACGCGCACCCUUACUCGCGACCGGAGCUGCUGUGCGGAUUCCGAUCUCCCGCCGCGGCGCUCUACACGGCGGCUCAUCACGGACUUCAGCAGCAGCAGCAGCAGCAGGCGGGCGGCGCCCACUGCUCCUGCCUGAGUUGCCACGCUGCGGCCAGCGGACAGGCGGGCGGGGCCGGGGCCGCGGCCGUUGCGGCGGCCGCGGCGGCGGCGGCGGCGGCAGCGGCGGCGGCGGCGGCGCAGAGAGGGGGUGGAGCGGCGGGUGGCGGAGGGGGUGCGGGGGGAGGAGGGGGUGCGGCGGGAGGAGGAGGGGGGGGGUGGAGCGGGACCGAUUUUCUGUGCACCACGCGCUCCGACAGCAGCUUCCUGCCGUACGCGGCGUCCGUGCUGAGCAAGCCCGCGGCACUCACUCUGGACCAGCGAGAGGAGGUGCCGCUCACGAGAUAGCAGCCUUGGCUGUCCCUGCGCGACCUCUCCCCACCCCCCCACGCCCUCCAAGGACCCUUGCCCUCCCCGCCCGUCCCUCGACUUCCCAGAGAGACGAUCUCGCCCGAGCUCCGUUUCUUCCUCUCCGCUUCCCCCCCGAGACGACGUCAAACUCAUAGCACCGUCCGCCGCCUUACAACAACAACGACGACGAAGACGACAAACAGCGGCACGGCUGUUGACUCGUUUCUUGUACAUUGGCGGACGCGUUCGAGAGAGAGAGUCGGUCGCGUUUUGAGUCGGGUGCAUGCCACGAGUCGGGAUUAACGAUUUUAAUGUUUGUGACUCGAUCGAUCGAUCAAGCGCCGCGCACAACAAAAAGGCUUUUUGUGUGUCACGGGGUUCAAGAUUUUUUUCGCUGUAAUUUUUAAAAAAAAAUUUCGGUUGUACGUAUGUAUGUUGAACUUCUUUCGCACCGUACGUAGCCAACCGUGCUAAUCGAAGGUGUUCGAGGCUCUCGGCGUGCGGUGUUAGUCGCUGCUGCUGCUGCUGCGCGCACGUGCGUGUGGAUGUUUGACAGUCGAGGAGGUGAAAGGGUCCGUGUGAACAUAGGGACACUAUAGUGAUGCCUCCCUACCGCUCCUCCUAAAUGCGUGGUCGUUCAGUAAAUUAAUAACUUAUGAUCAUUAACGCAUAACUAUACUUAUAUAUAUAGACACGUACACACGUACAGCGACAAUACAAAAAAAUAACCGUUACGUGUACUGUGUGUGGGUAGCCCCGAGUUGUAUACAAAUACCCCAGGCUACGAGGAUUGUAAAUAACUCGACGCUGUGUGCGGAAUCUCGUGUCGCUUCCCCGCGCGAAUGUGCGUGUGGUGUGUGUAUCCGUGCCGGGUCGUGGUGUAAAUUAAACAAUCAAGCUCCUCUCUGAUGGACCUCAUUUGCAUACCGGUGACCGCCUCUGCUAACCCCCCCCCCCCCCACAGCGAACAGCCCCCACCACUCCCACCCACUCCCUUCAUCAACCCCCCCCACCCUACAUCACCACCCCCUACCCCCCGUCAGAUGAUGACUAGCCACUUAGCAAAGCAAUUAAAAUCGACACCGUGGCCAAUCGCAAGAGGACAUCAGCCGAACGCCGGACGAGGCGUGGGGCCGCGUUAACAAGCGCGGCUGCCGUGCGGCUUAUGUCCCCCCCCCCCUCUUCCACCCCCACCUCUACCCCCCCCCUUCUCUCCAACCUCCCCUGCAUGGAUGCCAGUGGAACUAUUUGUAUAAUUAGACAUAAAAUCACGGUGGUUGAGUAAGCAAGCAGCGCGGUCCGGUCUCCCUAAAGCCCCAGGACUCGACAGGCGAGCGCGGACUAACUGGAGCUUGCGCUGUAACACGCGCGUUGCGUCGGACGAAAUGAAUUAACGGAUUAUUCGUAAUUAUAAGACGCACAUUUCCCUCGCCCCCCCCCCUCUCCCUCCCUCUGUAUUUGAGAGUAAUUGUCAUUGGGGGAUGCGACUUAUAAUCCGGCAGGCGCGUGCGCGCGCGCGUGUGCGGUCAUGGGAAUGGCCUCGGUCGACUCAACUUUAUUGACACCUCUCACAAGUUUUGGAUGUGUCUUACUUUCUGGAGGGUGUCUCAUCAUCCGGACCAUAUGAUCAUUAUCGACGAGUGUGUCAGACUAACUGGGUUAACUAUAAACACGUGUGUAUGUGUGAGGGUUGGAUUAUUGCUCGAAACGGGUGUAUAAUUUAUAAUUGUUUUUUUUCUGCAAUGGAGACAUAUGUGCGUGCGUGUGUGCGUGCGUGUGGUUGUUUUUGGUUCAUAAAAAUACAUUUUAAAAUGCGUUGUCCGUGCAGUUUUCGUGUGUGUGAGUGGAGGAUAAUUAGCGUUUAAGCGUCACAACGAGUGGAUGAUUUCGUGCUGGUGCGAGUUUAAAUGUGUGAGUGUGUAUGGGUGUUUUGAUGCGAGGA